GAAACGGAACCGGAACAACGCAACUUUGACCUCUGACGUUGCUGAAGUUUAGAAGUCGCACUAUUUUGGCAGAAUAGCUUUGUUACUGAAAAUAAUGACAAAACAGCAACUCGGAUAGACUGCUGGCUUUCAACGGACAUUUUAUUACGGGCUGGAGAUGAUGGAGCUGAGCUCAGCGCUCGUUAAAGAAGGCUGGUAUCUCACAGACGAAGGAAUAGACGAGUGCAACAGCUCUUCAGAGAAAGAGAAGGCGGUAAUCAGUGACAUCCUCAAUGUAGCACUGAACACUGAUCUGAGAUCUAUUGGAAAAGGUUUCCUACCUGCUGAUAUCAACAGCGGCCGAGUGGAGGAGGUGAAGGGCCCGUGUGUCCUUCAGGUGCUAAAGGUACGCAAUGUCGCCGCCCCAAAAGAACACGAGGAGUCCCAGGCCGCUCCCAGAAUGCUCCGCCUCCAAAUGACUGACGGACAGACCACAUGUGCAGGGCUGGAGUUUAAACAUCUAUCAAAAAUUAGUCUGAACACUCCACCUGGAACCAAAGUGAAACUCCUGGGCACGGUGCCAGUGAAAAACGGCUUUCUGCUGUUAGACGACUGCAGGAUCGCAGACCUCGGGGGAGAGGUGGAUCACCUGAUUGAGAAAUGGGAGCUGCAGCGGAGUCUGGCAAAGCACAGCAGGUCUAAUAUAGGUGCAGAAGGUGGCCCGCCUCCGUUUGUACCCUUCGGACAGAAAUGUGUCCGUAAGGACGAGGUGGACAGUAGGACCCUGGAUCAGAAGAAAACCCUACAAAGCAGCAACACAUCCAAAGCUGCGAACGAAAACGAUGAGUUCGAGAAGCAAAGGAUCGCCGCUAUUGCCGAAGUCGCCAAAAGCAAAGAGACACGGACGUUCGGCGGCGGAGGCAACGCGGGGACCAACCUCGCAAAUCCCGCUUCCACUUUCAAGAACCGAGACACGUACCAGAGAAAACGAGAGGAGCAAGAUAAGAGCGGAACCGAUCCCAAGCCUGAAGGAGUGUACCGAGAGCUGGUAGACGAGCGGGCUCUAAGGGAUAUCAUGGAGAUGGGCUUCAGUAAAGAGGCAGCUAGACAGGCACUGCUGGACAACAGCAAUAACGUGGAAACGGCACUUAACUGCCUGCUCGCAGGAGCUAACCAGGCCAAAGCGGUCCCUGCGGAGUCGAGUCGCCCACCGCCUCGAGGCAAGGGCAGAGGGCGAGGAAGAUCCAGGCAGGAUGCUGAUGAAGAUGGAGGGGCGAGACCCUCAGGGCCUAGCACACUCUUCGACUUCCUGGAGUCUAAAAUGGGAGCAUUCUCUAUUGAUGAGACGAAGAAACAGCCACCUCAGAGAGCGCAGGAGCAGCCGAGCAGGACCAGCAUCCAAAAUGCUGAUCCCUUCACCCGAGAAGCCUAUCAGAACAAGCAGACCGGCCGAAACGAGGGACGGGCGCAGAGGACCGAGCGUCCCCCUCGCUUUCAGAGGGACAGCGAUUUCCCCAAACCCAGCACCGCGGAAUCGUCUGUGAUAAUCCCCACACAGCCUCAGAGAUGGAACGACGGCGAGAAAAGAGGGAGAGGCGGCGCAGAGCAGCGGAGAGACGAAAGGCGAGACGUCAGAGGCGGACACAGUAACUUUACCUCCACGGGAAACCAGAGGUCAAAAGGUCAGCAGGGUCAGUCUGCGAACUUUUAUCAGGGCUCUAAACGAGACCGGGGUCUGAGAGAGUCGGACCUUGCGGGCGGAUCCGAUCAACCUAAAAAGAACCAAGCAAACGGCCCACUAGGACCCAAACCAUUAGAAUCAGCUGUGAUGGAAACACCUGAACCACACAGCAAGAGGAAAGGCAGGCCAGACAGACCUAACUCCGCCCACUUUGAUCGGGACACAACGGGCAACUGGCACUCUGUCAUAACGCACGAUGGCGGCCAGGCGCAUUUUGUUAAAGGAGGCGGGAAUCCGAACACACUUCUACUAAACGGCGAUUCCGAGCUCAGACGCACGGGUCCCAUCAAACCACAGACUUCCGGCCCGCCUCAAAAGAACAACAGCUUCUACAAUUCCGCCCCCAAGAAGAGGUCAGGGCCGAUAAAAUCCCACCGAGGGUCAGAGGUGUGUUAUCAAGCGGGGAGUGGUAACCAUGGAAACUGGAAAUCCGGUGACCAGUGCCUUGCACUUUACUGGGAGGACAACAAGUUCUACAGAGCGGUGAUUGACGCGGUGCAUCCCUCAGGCUCGACAGCCGUGGUCGUGUUCAGUGACUACGGCAACUGCGAGGAGGUCCUGCUUCAAAAUAUCAAACCUGUACAUAUGGACACAUGGGACGAGGACGACCUUUACUAUGAGACUUCUCUGGAAUUCAGACGAGGAGGAGACGGCCAGCCCAGACGCACUCGUCCUACACAGCAGUAUUACCAGCCUCCCAGAGCAAGGGACUGAUGAUUGCAUUACCGUGGACUCGAUCAGCGUCCGACGAAAAUCCGACUCCGCGGGGCAUCUCCGACUGUUUGAUGUCUGUUCGGUGGUUUUUAGAGAUCCCUGCGUGCCCAGCAUGAGAAAACACAUCAUCGAGUCUGUUUGAGAAACCGAACAACUCCACAAAGCUGUUUGAUCCUGUAGAUAAGUAUUAGCUACAAAAGCCUCAUUACUCCAGUGCAAAACAAAGAAAAGCCUAGCUGUUUGAUUUGUGGUCAAAUGAUCACUUCCUGGAGGUCGAGUAACCGGAAGUGACCUAACAGUGGUACGUGUUUGUUCCCACAGGCCCCUUCGGGACGGCAGACGGGUGAUCGACGCCCUGAUCUCUUCAAAUCGAAUCGACGGCUUGAAAUAAAUCGAUCGAAAAAAACAUUCUGACGGAAGACAAACUCCGUCCUCUCUCUCUGUCUCUAUCUCUGUGAAGUGUAGAAGAAGAGAGCUGAAAGGGCUUGCUGCGCUGGCUGCAUCUACACACACACACACACACACACACACACACACACACAGACGUGUUAUUAUGAUAAUGCAAAAGGCUGCUGUACAUGUUGACGGUUUUUAUCGUACGUGGUCCUAAUAAUAAUAAUUAUUAAAAAAGAAAUGCAACCAUA